AAAAGUGUUCGAGCAAAGAACAAAAACGAUAAUAAGUAACUGAUUAAGCAAUAAAGUUGCAGUUAAAACGCAUUAAGUACAUAGUAAAGUGUUUUGUCAUUGUAAAAAAGACUGAUCCUAAUAAGUGCUUAAAAUGCUUAAAAUGAGCACUUUAUUCGCUCUAUUGGCCCUGGUGGCUGUGGCUCAGGCCAUAUCAUUUGCUGAUGUCGUGAAGGAAGAAUGGCAAACAUUCAAGCUGGAACAUCGCAAGCAUUAUCAGGAUGAUACCGAGGAGCGUUUCCGUUUGAAGAUCUUCAAUGAGAACAAGCACAAGAUUGCCAAGCACAAUCAGCGCUAUGCAGCUGGUGAAGUUACCUACAAGAUGGGCAUGAACAAAUAUGCGGACAUGCUGCAUCACGAGUUCCGUGAGUCAAUGAAUGGCUUCAACUAUACGCUACACAAACAGCUGCGUGCUGCUGAUGCCAGCUUUGCGGGUGUCACCUUCAUCUCGCCCGCGCAUGUGACUGUGCCCAAAUCUGUGGACUGGCGCACCAAGGGAGCUGUUACAGAGGUUAAGGAUCAGGGACACUGCGGCAGCUGCUGGGCUUUCUCAUCGACUGGCGCGCUGGAGGGUCAGCAUUUCCGUAAGACUGGCACAUUGGUAUCACUCUCUGAGCAGAAUUUGGUUGAUUGCUCCACCAAAUACGGCAACAAUGGCUGCAACGGUGGCUUGAUGGACAACGCUUUCCGUUACAUUAAGGAUAAUGGUGGCAUUGAUACCGAGAAGUCUUAUCCUUAUGAGGGCAUUGAUGACUCUUGCCAUUUCAACAAGGGUACCAUUGGCGCCACAGACCGUGGCUUUGUUGAUAUCCCACAGGGCAAUGAGAAGAAAAUGUCGGAAGCUCUUGCCACCAUUGGACCAAUCUCAGUUGCCAUCGAUGCUUCGCACGAAUCAUUCCAGUUCUACUCCGAGGGUGUGUAUAACGAGCCCCAGUGCGAUCCUCAGAAUCUGGAUCACGGUGUGCUUGCUGUUGGUUAUGGCACUGAUGAGUCCGGCACAGACUACUGGCUGGUCAAGAACUCCUGGGGCACUACAUGGGGCGACAAGGGCUUCAUUAAGAUGUCGCGUAACGUAGAUAACCAGUGCGGCAUUGCGACUGCUGCCAGUUAUCCACUUGUUUAAAUUUAAGAAGCAACUGCUCAAACUCAUUUAAUUAUGUCUUCACAAAAGUUAUUCCAAGACGAGCAUCUCAAUUAUUAAUAACACCCAUCUUAUCAAUAAUCUAUGAUCUGUAAAAGUGCAUCACAUUUUUAUUUGUCAGCUUGAAUCGAAUUAAGCGUGUACUAUUUUAAUGUUGAUGUUUGUAUAAAUUAAAUUAAUUAAAAACGAU